AUGCCUCCACCUCAUCUGGAGGAUUGGAAAGGGAAGACUAUCCCGGAAGACCAAGAACAGAAAUCGAUGGUAUUUGAUAUCUCUCAAGCUCAAUCAACUGAGAUUACUUAUAAUGGUCAGUCCUUCAAACCUUCAAUGGCGAUUGUGACUCUCCCUUCAGGCAAGUCAUUGAGGAACGAGAGACCUGUCGGCUGCGAGAUCAUCUUUGUCGAGCCCAUCAAUCAGGCCAAAGACGAUAGGUACAAGAUCUUUUCGGGUCCUGAUGCCUCGAUCAGAUGUGAUUGUGGGGACAGAGGCGAGAUCGACUUACACGAAGCUUCCAAAGCGUCACUAUUCAUUAAAGACCCAAGUGAUACACUUCGUCCUGUCCAAGAGCUGGAUGCUACCAAAAGAUCUGGGGUCGUCUCGUGUUCCAUCAGGGAAUCGGGAGAAGGGGACAUAUGGGUGAUUAGGAAAGAUGAUUACAAUCAUUGGACGGCUAGAUAUGAUACAAAGGGUGAAUGGGAUACUGUCAGAGGAGAGGUGGAAAGUUUCAGUAGAGACCAUGCUGAUCAAAGCACAACAUCAAGGGCAGGCAGCUCUGGAAUUCUGGAUACGUUGUACAAAGUGGGGUUUACCCUCCUUGACUAUUAUGGCUAA